UCCAACAACAGAGACACAAACAGGAGGAGGAGGAGGGCGGCUGGGCGCAGGAGCGACACAGACACGGCAAUAGCCGGGAUGGAGAUGAGGCCGGGGAAGGCACCGACGAGGAAGAGGAGAGCAUGCAGCAACAGCUCCAGGAGGUGGCGGUCCGGCCGGCCGGGGAUAUGGGGGAGGAUCUGUGUAACUUCAACCAGUUGGAGGACUACAUCAUCCGUACCAAGGACUCCUUGGAGGCCGGAGCCACCUUCCUGAAGGCUCCCGGGGAGGUGUACAGCUGGAGGCGGUGUCUGGAGGUGUGCUGUACGGAGCGGAGCUGCUCGGCGGCCGUGGUGGAGAGGUCGGCCCGGGGCCUCAGCUGCUUCCUCUUCGACUGCAUUCACCGGGGGAGGAAUGUCUGCCAGUUCUCCCCUCAUAGAGACUACAGCAGCUUCACCCUCAGCGCCAGGAAUGUCUCCUCUACAUGGGAUGGCUGGACUCCGCCCAGAGCCAACUCUGAUACCAGGGCAGAGAAUGACAAGCCACCUACCAGCAAUGCAGGACAAGAUGUGGUGCUCCCAGCUGCCUGUUGACUGGGUCAUACUGGAUGGACGAGAAAGCACUGAUGACCAUGCCAUAGUUCGCUAUGAAUGGACACUACUCCGAGGAGACCCAUUAGUUGACAUGAAGGUCGUGCAACCAGGGACGCUGAAACUCUCCCACUUGCAAGAAGGAGUUUAUACUCUACAGUUGACUGUGACUGACACUUCUGGACAGAAGAGCUCUGACAAUGUCUCCGUCAGUGUUCUCCCUGCUGAACAUCAUGUAUCAGCUUCCACAACCUGCAGUGGAGCCUGCAGCCGCUACCAGUUUAUCUGUGACGAUGGGUGUUGUAUAGAUAUUACUUUAGCAUGCGACAGAGUGGUGCAAUGUCCGGAUGGCUCUGAUGAAGCUUUUUGCCAGAACUUUAGCUCUGGUCGAAAAACUGUGAUUCACAUCACUGAAAAAACAGAAAGCCAUUCAAAUACUGGAAAAAUGACUGAAACAGAAAACAAUCCAGCACUAGAAAAAUCAAGGCUCACUGGAAAGAUUUUUGUAUCCAUGGAUAAGGAAAAGAAUCAGUCACUCCAUCAGGAAUCUCCUUACAAUCGUAUGCUCAGCACAGGAACAAUGGUACGUCCCACAACAGCAGAUCCUAGAGGACAUCGUAAAGUGGUUCCAGGCACUGUUUCAUCAAACACUGACAAGGAUAUAGAGGAAUCAAAUUUGUUUAUUUCAAAAGACAUCCCACAGGGAAGUGGACACCCAGCGCCUGAGACAGGUAUUUAUGUAUACUUGGUAGUUCAGGUAUUUGAAAUACACUGA